GGGCAAAAGAGCAAAUGCGACCUUGCCCCGUAGACGACAGCCGCAGUUCUGGAAGUGCUUCCCUAACCAUUAGUAAAUUUGGGAUGGCUCGCUUCACUGAUCCGAGCGUCCGGUGUGGGACCGCACCGGAUUCCGCCAUCGCGUGUAUGCAGCAUCGGCACCAAAAAGCGGCACGCAAUUUUAAUCUCGUUUGAGAGCGUUUAUGUUGACGAUUACACUACUAACAGAAUAGCAAUGGACCUACGCGACGAAAAGACUUCUGGAAAAGACGCCAUCGAGGAACUACCCUUAGCUCGCGACCAGGAGGAGGUGAAAGCUCGUGGUAGUUGUAAGAAGAGCGAGACACAUGAAAUCCCCCAAAACAACUUUAAGAUUGUCUUCCCUGGCUUCAUGCUGCGCGUCUUUCUUGCAGCCUUGGAUCAAACUAUCGUGAAUACCGCUGUCCCUAAAAUUGUCAAAGACUUCAAUGUCUCGUCAGGUUAUUCAUGGAUCGGAUCAGCGUACCUCCUCACAUCUGCCUCCCUUUCACCGCUCUAUGGAAAAUUGAGCGACCUAAUCGGUAGAAAGAAAGUUCUUCUGGCAAGUGUAGCCAUCUUCAUGAUCGGAAGUGCUUUGUGUGGUGCCGCACAGUCGUUUAUGAUGCUCUCUGUUUGUCGAGGUGUUCAGGGGAUUGGAGGCGGCGGCAUCCUUCAAUUAGUCAAUAUAACGCUUGGCGAUAUUGUCCCCCUUUCUGAGAGAGGGAAGUGGAUUGGAUUCAUCGGAGCUACGUGGGGAAUUGCCAGCGUUCUAGGCCCAUUAAUCGGUGGAGCGUUGACUGACGGCGUAUCAUGGAGGUGGUGCUUCUUCAUUAAUUUGCCAACCGGAGGAGUUGCGGCCUUCCUAUUAUCCUUCCUCAAACUCAACCCACAUCAGCAACGAACAAUGAAACAACACAUUCAAACCUUCGACUUCCUGGGCCUCUUCCUGAUUGUGACUGGGGUCGUCCUUCUUCUCUUCGGCUUUAACUCGAGCCAGCUUUCAUGGACCUCAGAGACGAUUGUUCUGCUGGCAGUUGGUGCUGUCCUCAUAAUCUUUGGAGCUAUUAAUGAAGUUUUUACAAACCGGGAGCCAGUCCUUCCCCCUCGCUUGUUUGGGACUCGGACAACAACGGUCCUUCUUGCGAGCACAUUCACCCAUGCCGUAUCUUUCUUCAGCGCGUCGUACUACCUUCCACUAUACUUCCAAAUAUUGGGUUCAUCUGCUUUAAUGUCAGGUAUCCUGAUGAUUCCGUACUCAUGUGGAGCCGCUAUCGUUGGCAUCAUAUGCGGCCAGGUCGUCGCUCGUGUUGGGAAAUGUCGGGAGGCGAUAUGGUUCGGUUAUGGUUUUAUGGCGUUAGGCUUUGGUUUAAUGAUAAUGCUGGAUAAUGAUUCAAGCAUAACUCAGCAAGAGAUUUGCCUCUGUAUCGCUGCCAUUGGGACAGGGUGUUUAUUCCAAACUCCUCUCAUCGCACUCCAAGCUGCUAUGCCUCUCAAGGAUAUGGCAACAAGUACGAGCGCAUUCACACUCCUCCGUAUGCUUGGAGGAACAAUAGGAAUUUCGGUCGGAAAUGCUAUCUACUCGUCAGAGUUGGAGAAGAGGCUAAGACGGAUCCCAAGUAUUGAAAGUUUCUUGAAUGGGCAAACGGUCCAUCAAUUGACUAAUGACAUCAGCAAAAGUCCGUUAUGCUCCGGAGCAUCAAGAGUGGCUGGAGCAUGUGGGAGACAAAACAGCAGAUUGGGCACUCCUGGAGCCAAUAGUGUUCUCCUGGGAGGGGGUUCAGGAGCAGCUGGGAGUGGUGAGGAGUAUGUAAUGUGCCAGGAGCAGUGGGAGGAAAAUUUUGGUCUCUAA